AUGACAUCGGAUCUAUCUGAUGAUUUAAAUUCAUUAAAACUUCAAGAUAAUCGAAGACGUACAUCAGCUAAUAAUUCUUCUCGACGUAAUCAUGCAAGUGGUCAACAAAAACGUCCUAGUUUUCAAUCAAAACGAGCAGCAACUAUUGAUCAUGAAGGUCCUGAAGAAAAACUUCGAAUUGUUGUACUUGGCGCUACAAAAGUCGGAAAAACAUGUUUAUGUCAACAAUUUUUACAAGAAAAAUUUGUAGCUGAUCAUAAAGAAACCGUUGAUGAAAUGUAUAGUGCAGAAAUAGCACUUGUUGAUCGUCACAUUAUACUUGAAAUAUUGGACACAGCAGGCAUCGAUGAAUUUCCUGUUAUGAGACGACUUGCAAUAGCCCGCGGUGAUGCAUUUCUUAUUGUUUACGCUAUUAAUGAUGCAUCUUCAUUUGAUAUUGCUCAACGAAUGCGUCAAUUAGUUUUUGAAAUUAAAGGUGAUUUAGUAACAAGUCCUAUACCAAUGCUUAUUGUUGGAAAUAAAUGUGAUCUUGAUACUAAUAUACGUGAAAUAAAUCGAGAUUAUGCUGAAACUAUUGUACGUGAUCAAUGGGCAACAAAUCUUAUUGAAACAACAUGUCGUGAACGUGAAUCAGUACUUAAAGCAUUUCAUCUUCUAUUACAUUUAGCUAAUAUCAAUUUGACACUUAAUUUUGAUGUAGCACGUCGUUCAUCUGAUCCAAGUUUAUCCUCAGAUAAAGAACAUCGUUCUACGAAUAAACGACAAAGCUGUGCACAACAAUAA